ACACGCCAACGAGGAGGCUCUUCACCACAUCCGUGUCAGUCUUUCGUCAAUGCAGCGGGCACUGCCCCCCUCUCCCCACCAGCAGCGAUCCCAAUGGAAUCCCAGGGCCAGGAAUGUACAGCAAUCAGGGCGCGGGCGGCCGUCAGAGCGGCCGUCAGAGCGCGGGCGGAAGUCCCCGGGAGCUACAUAAAGCAGGGAGGCCCGGGCACACCCGCACCAGAGCCCACAGCCUCCAGGGAGCAGCCGCAGCGAUGGUGCGCCUUCACUUGCUGUCCUGCCUCCUCCUCCUGCCGCUGGCCGCCUGCUUUCCUCUCCUGGACAGAGAAGCGCCCAUGGACACCACGGGUGGCACUGGAGGCGGAAUGAGAUGGGCUGACCUGGCGGGGAGACACAAAGUCCACUUCCUGGAGUGGCGGAGAGCUCUACACCUAAGAGCCCUGCUCCUCUUUGUCAAGGAGCUGGAGAUGUUGGGCCGAGCGCUUUUCGGCUUAGCUGAUGGCGAGAAGGCUAGUAGCCCGUUAGGGACCCUGGCCGAUGAGAUCAGCGGCCUCGCAAGAGCCCUGCUCAUCAUGGCCAAGGAGCUGCAGAUGUUGGGCCGAGAGCGUGCCGGCUUCGGGCUCCGGUUCAGGAGGCAGGAUGAUGGCCGUGGGGAAGCCGGCUCCCUCCUGGCUGAUGGCGAGAAGGCUAGUAGCCCGUUAGGGACCCUGGCCGAUGAGAUCAGCGGCCACGACAAGAAGAAAGGCGGCUUCCACUUCCGCUUCGGCCGGCGGUGAAGGGCCCAGGGCAGCCUGCCCAGGGUUUCCCCUCGGCCCCCUCCCCACCUCCAAGAGCCUGAAAAGGGGUGGUAUCACUGUAAUAAAUGAUUAGCUGGAGGACUGGUUAAGUGGUGCUUUUGAUUUCCAACUUUGCUGAAGCAAAAACCUGCGUCGUGUCC